AUGGGAGGCACUAUUCUGAAUAAACCAUGUGGGAGCCGUUGUGAGAAGAGGAUACAGGUAAAGACUGGCUGCCGCACCUGUAAGAUCCGAAAGCUUAAAUGUGAUGAAGAACGCCCAUCCUGUCGCCGGUGCGUCUCGACUGGCCGAGUAUGUGAUGGCUAUGGCAUCUGGGGCGGCGGCGGAGGAAAGAUUUCCAGGAGUCGACAACAACCUCUGAAUCUAAAUAGCCGACCCGCACAUGUGCCGCUGAUUUCUGGCACCACCCAAGAGCUGGAAUAUCUGGAGUGGUUCAAAUACCGAACAUGCAAGAAAGUCGCCGGCGCCUCCACAUUGGCUCUAUGGGAUGUGUUGCUCCACCCCAUCAGCCUGGCUGAACCGGCUGUAUGGCACGCUGUCCUCUCUUUAAGCUCAGUCCACAGAAGAGACAUUUACCAGGCCAGCUAUGGCGGACGAGAACCAAAACCCCUUGAUCAGCAGGAACGAUUCACCUUGCAGCAUUAUUCCAAGGCAAUUCAGCAUCUGCAGCCCCAUUUCUCCGCCAUGGAUAAAGCAUCGAUGCGUGUCGCCCUCAUGGCCUGUUUCCUCUUCGUCUCUCUAGAGCUUCUCUCUGGUCACUUUACAACCGCUCAAAUCCACAUUCACAACGGAUUGAGCAUCCUGAGAGAGUUUGGAACCCUGGUCGAGGAUGAUGGCCGAGUUCUGCUCUUCGACAUUGUCCCAGGCUCUAUAGACGACACCAUCGUCAGAGCAUUCUGCAGACUAAACCUCCAGUUGGAGCUCUUCAGACAUGGCUAUCAACACCCUUGUCUAGUCUUGCAAAUCGCCGAGCCCGAAACACCAGCCUCCGUGUUUCGCUCUGUCAAUGAGGCCUGGAAACAAAUUGAGAGGUUAUUUGGUAGAAUAUUCCACUUGACCGACUUGUGGCGCCGCCAGCAGCAGACCCUUCAUCAUUCUCCUGUUGAGGUCCCGCCCAAGUUACUCACCUGCCAGCACCAGAUCCGAGCGGAACUUUCUGCGUGUCUUGUCAUCCUCACAGCUUCCAAAACCUCCAUGCCUGAUCAAGACCCCAAGGGACUCGUCUACGGUCUGCUGUCCGUGUACCACACUAUGGCAAGUAUCAUGGCGGAUACCUGCCUGCGUCUCGACGACGAAUCUGUUUUCGAUUCUCACACGCAGCAGUUCGUCUCCAUCCUGACAGAAUCAAUAGCCAUGUGGAAGACUGGCCAAUCCGACCUUCUUCAGAGAUACCUCCGGUGGCCUUGUAUCCAUAUGUCAAGGUCCAUCGUCGACAUUGGUUGGAUUGCUCCGCUCUACUACACUGCUCUGAAAUGCCGCAUCCGUCGGGUUAGACUUCACGCUGUUAGGCUAAUAGAAACGACGUCGUACCGAGAGGGAAUCUGGGACUCGAACAUCGUUUCUUGUGUGGCACGGAAAGUAAUGGAGAUCGAAGAGGGUGGCUUUUACGAGGAUGAUCGUGCGGCAGAGGGCUUCCUACUCUCCAGCCCGCCAAGAUCACGGGACAUAUCAAUACCAGCAUUACCGCGGCUAUCUCGGAUCCACGAAGUCCGCGUGGUGCUUUCUGAUCGCCCAGCCGAUACCUUUCCUUUAUUUUACAGGCAAGCGCGGGGACGUUGGAGGGAAGCCCAAGUCUCCACACGGGGUAAGUUCUACAAUAGUGCUUAUUAA